AUGGCUGCGUCCCCGGCGGGGUCGGUGGUGAGCGCCGGGCUGGAUGAGAGUCCCACGGGUCUGAGCCCAGCACCCGGGAAAGAGCUGAGCCCGGUGCUGCUGUGCAAGGUGUGUGGGGACACCAGCAGUGGGAAGCACUACGGCAUCUACGCCUGCAAUGGCUGCAGCGGCUUCUUCAAGCGCAGUGUCCGCAGGAAGCUCAUCUACAGGUGCCAGGCGGGGACGGGGCUGUGCCCAGUGGACAAAGCUCACCGCAACCAGUGUCAGGCCUGCCGGCUCAAGAAGUGCCUGCAGGCUGGCAUGAACAAGGAUGCUGUGCAGAAUGAGCGCCAGCCCCGCAGCACAGCCCAGGUCCAGCUGGACAGCAUCCAGCUGGAUGCUGAGCUGCCCCCUGAGCACGUGGCCACCACAUGUGAGGUCCCCCCAUCACCCUGUCCGGCUCCUCGUGGCCCUGGUGCCACCGUCACCCCGGGUCCCCAAGCGCCCACACCACCCACCAACCAUCGCUUCAUGGCCAGCCUGAUGACGGCCGAGACCUGCGCCAAGCUGGAGCCCGAGGACGCUGAUGAGACGGUGGAUGUGACAGGCAGUGAGCCAGAGCGGGCAGCUGGCGAAUACCAGAUGGCACCGUACCCGGCAGCCAGCCCCGAAAACAUCUAUGAGACCUCAGCACGUCUCCUCUUCAUGGCUGUGAAAUGGGCCAAGAACCUGCCUGUCUUCUCCAACCUGCCCUUCCGUGACCAGGUGAUCCUGCUGGAGGAAGCAUGGAGUGAGCUGUUCCUGCUCUGUGCCAUCCAGUGGUCCAUGCCCCUGGAGAGCUGCCCGCUCCUGGCUGUCCCCGAGCCGACCUCUGGGAAGCUGCUGCCGGCCACUCUGGAUGUGCGGGCACUGCAGGAGACCCUUGGCCGCUUCAAGGCGUUGGCCGUUGACCCCACGGAAUUUGCCUGCAUGAAGGCUGUGGUGCUCUUCAAACCAGAGACCCGUGGCCUGAAGGACCCUGAGCAGGUGGAGAACCUGCAGGACCAGUCACAGGUGAUGCUGGGCCAGCACAACCGUUCCCACUACCCUGGGCAACCCGUCAGGUUUGGGAAGCUGCUGCUGCUCCUCCCUGCGCUGCGCUUCAUCUCCUCGGAGCGCGUGGAGCUGCUCUUCUUCCGCCGCACCAUCGGCAACACCCCCAUGGAGAAGCUGCUGUGUGACAUGUUCAAGAACUGAACCCCCUUCCC